GAUGAGCUCUUCAACCUAUCGAUCUCCUUCCUCUUAGUGCAGGCAGUCCGCUAUGCCGUUACCGGCGUGCUGUCCACCAAGAGCGGCGCUGAGCCUGGCGAGGACUUUGGGCUUUGGGAGAUUGCAUCCGUCUACGGUCUCGCAAUGAUCAUGGUGGUCGUCACCUUGGCCGUGGCCCUCUCCGGCCACACCAGGCGUUUGGCAGAUCUGGUUCGAGGUACCUGCUCAAUGGCGUUUGCUUGGUGCCUUCUUUUCGCCUCGAGGUGGAUGUUCGA